CCAGAAAUUAGAGGUUGGAAUUGACACUGGACUUGGACCCAAGACCAGAAAUAAAGCAGCAGCCAGCAGAGGAGGCCCCUUGGAACAGGAAAGGGGUGGUCAGAUUAACGCGGCAUCGACUUGGUCAGUUGCCAGUUGGUCAGCCAACUGCUGCUGUGCGCAUUUGGACAUGGACCGACCAGUCGCCGUCAGACACUACUUGUGAACUCCUCCACUUGUUCUGGGUGAUUUUUGCAUCCAUGGCCUGAGCUCUGAGACUCUGACCCGGAGAACACAUCCAACCUUUCCCUUCCAUAAUCACCUCCCCUCUUAGCUUGACGCUCCUGUCCUCAUCACCUCCGACUCCGAUCACCCUCUCCUGUGCAAUCAUACUCGAUUACUCAUGUGAUUACAUCUGUCGCCGGCGAGGGGUAGUCGACGGGAAAUCAUCAUUGCAGCAAUGGCGGAGAUGGUCGGGUCCAUCGUCGUCGGCGAGGUGGUCAACCGGGCCUCCUCCUACCUCAUCAGCCGGCACCGGGACCGUCUGAGCACGCGGGAGGGCGUCGAGCGGCUGGAGAUGGCGCACAUCAAGAUGGAGGCCGCGCUGGAGGUGUCCGCCCGGUGGCCGCACGCCGCCGACGCGCCCCUGCUCCGGUGGCGCCGGCGGCUGCGGCGCGCCGCGGACGAGUGCGACGCCGCGCUGCACCGGUGGAAGCUGCGGGAGCUCCAGGAGGAGGAGGCCCGGGAGCGGCUGGCGCGGGCGCCGCUCCCGAGCCGCGUCGCGCACGCCGUCUUGUGCUUCGUCUCGGCGCUCCUCGUGCUCGCCCGCGGCGGAGGCGGAGGCGGCGAGGCAUCCCGCGCCCGCGCAACCGUGCAGAGGUUCGAGAGGCUGGCCGACGGCGCCGCCGAGUUCCUCCGGUACGUGGAGCUCAACAGCGCGCCGCGGAACCGGAGGUUGUUCGGCCCCGCCGUCGGGAAGCUCGGCGAAGGCGUCGAGUACGGCGUGCUGCAGGGAGCUCGGCAAUGCUUCCUGGGGGCUGGAUCGGAGAGCCCGGCGGAGGUCUGGAUGGAAAGCAACAAGCCUUGCCAUGCUUACGGCAAGCGCAGGGCGUCCGGGAAAAAAUUGCUGCUGGUAUGAAAAUUGGAGCACCAAAUUCAGUCAAGUCAUCAGAAUCAGAUCAGAAGAGGUUCAGCCUGGAGCCCUGGUCACAGUCACUCCAUUUGACGCUCGGAUGUGCACGAAAGGAGAUAAUUUUAGGGCCCAACUUGUAGAACAAAAGUGGAUAGUUGAGCGAGUCUGUGGUCAAAUUCGUCGGGUUGUGUGGCGUGCUGUCUACGACUUCUCGAUAGGGAGGGAAGUCAAAAGUCCGGCGGUUCUCCCUUUUGGUGUAGCCAAAUUCAAGCAGUUCAAACGAAUUUUGAGAAUGACAUGCACAUAUUCCAAGUCCUCGAUAA